AUGGUCCUGGUUUGUCCUUUAUUUGACUCCCCUCGCAGAUUUUUCAGCUCGCUGGGGUCGAUGAGCGACAGCGACGAGGAGCGCGGGCCGGCGUCUACUAUCGCGCUCUCGUGUCGCGCACGCCAGCGGCUGUCAACAACCAGCGGCUGCCAACAACACGUCUCGCAACGCCGUCGACAGUACGUCGCGCAAAACGCCGUCGACGCGAGCUCCGCGCGCCUCGCAGGAAGGAAGUCCCGCGCGACUUCCUGAAGGGCAAGAUCGAGAAGUUCACGGGCAAGCUAGAGCGGGCCAAAUCCGCCGGCAACGAGGAGGAUAUCACGAAGUGCCGUCCGGCGUCUCAGAAACCUCCACCACAGAGUCCACGCCAUCGACGCGACGCCAUCGACGAGACGCCAUCGAUGCGACGCCAUCGACGCGACGUCGUCUAGGUACACGGCCAAGGUCGCCAAGUUCCAGGAGCAGUUCGACGCCCUCCCCCCGGAGAAGAUGGAGCCCUACGAGCUCCCGGAAGGCACGACGGACGACGACGCCGACGCCUACGUACGAUGCAAAGUGAGAUAUUGUGACUCGACAUGCCAGCACGAUCACUGGCGCCGCGGCCACAAGCAGUUGUGUAAGAAAAUACACCGCGGCGGCAACGCUGAACAGUAUAAUGCAGACAAAAAAUACAAGGAGGCCGUCGCGGUCGCGGUCGAGGCGUGCGCCGACGACACGAAGGGCCAGACGUGCUACGUCUGCACGCAGGCGCUCCACUGGAAAACAAAGGAGGGCCUCGUGCGCAUGUGUGCGUGCCGUGGGACGGCGGGCUUCGCGCACGUGUCAUGUCUGGUCGAGCAGGCGAAAGUUUUGGUCGCGGAGGCCGAGGAGAAUAAUUUGGACGCCGAGGCAAUUAAUUCGGAAUUGAGGUGGGGGCGAUGGAGCAAUUGUAGUCUGUGCAAGCAAAAUUACCGUGGCCCUGUGAUGUGCGCGCUCGGGUGGGGCUGUUGGAAAACAUACGCGGGCCAGCCGGAGGACUGUAACUCUCGGGUGAAUGCGAUGACGGUUCUAGCAACCAGCCUAAGGGACCCAAGCGAAGCAAUUCGCGUGCACCAGGCUCACCUGUCCAUGGGCCUGCAGUUUGGGGCGCCAGAAGGCUGCAUCGUGCAGGACAUGUAUAAUAUCGCCGGUUGCUAUAAACAGCUCGGGCAGCUUCAGGCGGCGCUAAAAAUGCAUCGAAGCAUUUACGCCAAGUCUCAGACUAUUUUCGGGCGCAACAAUAAGUGCACCUUGCAAUCUGGAGUUACCAUCGUAGGCGUGCUAAUAUCGUGUAAAACUGUCGAAGCAGCACAGGAGGCAAAAUCCUUUGCGCAGGAGUUAAUGCCCCGAGUUUUCAGCAUUUUGGGGGAGGAUUCCGCUCUAGCUCUCGACCUCCGCGAAAUGUUUGCUAAAGCAGUCUUGUUCGAUGAAACGAGCAAUAUAUACGAGGCUCGCAAGGCUGUUACGAUCAUGGAGGAUGUUCUUCGAAUAAAUACACGAACUCUGGGCCCGAUGCAUCCCGACACUUGCCGGAAUCGCAGCGAUCUUGAUCUCAUGCAAAAACGAGUU